AUUUUAGCAACAGCUUCUUUUGUUCCGCAUAGGAGUGUUGUUGGGUUGCUGGUACUUCUGAAAAGCCCACCCCAAAGUCGAAACGAAAGCGCAGAGAGAGCGAAACGAUGUCGUACGACGAUGUGGAGAUCGAGGACAUGGAGUGGAACGAGGAGUUGCAGGCGUACACGUACCCGUGCCCGUGCGGGGACCUGUUCCAGAUCACGAAGGAAGACCUUAAGCUCGGCGAAGAGAUUGCUCGAUGCCCUAGUUGCUCUCUCUACAUCACCGUCAUCUACAACCUCGAAGAUUUCCUCUCCGAUUCCGAUCAAAAUCGACCAAACAAGGGCCUCCAACCUUCCAAGCAGCAACCCCUCACCGUUGCUUGAAUUUCAGAUGUCCUGACAUGAAGAGCGGAGUAGGUUUUGUCAUGGCUUUGAUUUAUCAUACCAUCACAUAUAUUGUUUUGCAGAUAGGAAUUCUUGGUAUUUUUGAUGGAGAAAUGGAGAAAUGAAUAAUAUGAUAGAUUUAUAUUACCGCAAGAAUACUAUUGUUAUUUGCUCUUCUGAAGGGAAGAGGGAGCCAAGAUUCUUGCCAUUGAACUUUGAUACGAUAUCAUGUCAAUUAUCUGGUGUGAAACAUAUCGUUGUAAUAGACUUCUUAAUACCACCCGUUUACAGAAUUAUAUCAGCUACUUAUGUGCUAA